AUGGCCAAAGUUCCGGACUUGUUUGAAGACCUGAAGAACUGUUACAGUGAAAAUGAAGAAUACAGUUCUGCCCUUGAUCAUCUCUCUCUGAGUCAGAAAUCCUUCUACGAUGCAAGCUGUGGCUCACUUCAUGAGAAUUGCACAGAUAAAUUUGUAUCUCUGAGAACCUCUGAAACCUCAAAGGUGUCCAACUUCACCUUUGAGGAGAGCCUAGUGAUGGUGGCAGCAUCAUCAGACUCAGGGAAGAUUCUGAAGAAGAGACGGCUGGGCUUCAAUCAGGCCUUUGCUGAAGAUGACCUGGAGACCAUAACCCGCAAUUUAGAAGAGACCAUCCAAUCAGAUUCAGCACCUCAAUUCUUCCAGAGCAAUGUGAGAUACAAACUGAUAAGGCGUGUCAAGCAGGACUUCGUCCUGAAUGAUUCCCUCAAUCAAAAUAUCUACCUGGAUGCAGACAAGGUGCAUCUCAAAGCAGCUUCAUUAACUGACCUGCAACAUGAAGUAAAAUUUGACAUGUAUGCCUACUCAUCGGGAGACUCUAAAUAUCCUGUUACUCUAAAAAUCUCAAAUACUCAGCUGUUUGUGAGCGCGCAAGGUGAAGACCAGCCUGUGUUGCUGAAGGAGAUACCUGAGACACCGAAAGUCAUCACAGGGAGUGAGACCGACCUCAUUUUCUUCUGGAAAGCAGUCAACUCAAAGAACUACUUCUCAUCAGCUGCCUACCCAGAGCUCUUUAUUGCCACAAAAGAACAAAGCGAGGUGCACCUGGCAAGGGGACUGCCCUCCAUGACAGACUUCCAGAUCGCAUAAGAGCAGCCUUAUCUCUGGGGUCCACUUACUUGAGAAGUGCUAACAAUCUGUAUGUACCAUGUACAGGAAGGUUCUUCACCCUGAGUCACUUGCAAGGCAUGUGCUGAGCCUUUGUAAUUCUAAAUGAAUGUUUACCCUCUUCGUGAGAGAAGAGCAAAGCCUAAAGGA